AUGACGCGUGCGACUCGGUUCGCGACGCUGGCCGGAUGCCUAUCGUUUGUGUACCUGGUAUUCUUCCUUGGUAUACUUCCUGUACCUUUCCUCUCGCAAGAGACAGCUCAGGCGAUCCUGCCGACGUUGCCAUGGUGGGCGCUCAUCAGCAUCGGUGCCUACUUGAUGUACCAGGUGGGAUGGGGUCUAUACAACUUUAAUGACACCCCGAAAGCCUACGAUGAGCUGCUAAUGGAUAUUAAGAACGCCAAAGACUACCUUCGCGAUCGUGGUGUGACAGUAGACUCGUAG